CCUCUAUUAAGUUUCAAGCUUCUCUUACUCCUGAACUGAACAACACACCAAACAGGACUGGACGUAAAACAGACAACAACUCUCCUGGUCCUCACCUCCAUAGCCAUCCCAUUUUAUAGCUUCCCAAAUGUAUCCGCCCACUACUUCAUUCUAGCUCCAUUCAUCUCUCUUUUUGUCUUAUAUCAUCAUUCAGCCCACUUAUUCUUACUUGAUCUUUUGUUUACUCUGACUGUUUUCAGUCAAUUUUCCCUUCAACCACAAUACAUUGGAAUCGCUGAGUCUCCUGGUUUUCUUUUUUUUUUUUUUUCAUAUUUCCAAAUCUACCCCUCUCCCCGAAUUCCCUCCAUUUUUUCUUCAAUUAUCUGCCCCUCCAAUCAUAUACCAAAGUGCUCCAUCCUUCCCCCUGGUCUACCUCGAUCCUGACCAUUUAAUUACAGCAUGUGGUCCAACUUCUUCGUCCAGCAGGAUGAGGAGGGCCGCAUUGGGGUGGCAGGGGCUGGACAAGCCGGCGGUUUGGGAGGAAUAAAAGGUGCAAGAGGACAGAGGAGGGUCCACAGGAUGAGUGACAGCCAGGAAGGGAAGAUCAAGCUGGCUUUCUUUGUGUCUAUCAUCGGUGUGACCCUGACAGUGUUGGGCAUGGGGACAGAGUUUUGGGUGGAGCUGGCCCAAUCGAAGAAUUUUAGUGGCAACCAGACCUGCCAGAUGGCCCAUUAUGGCCUGUGGAAGGGUUGCAUCCGCACCCUGUGGGUGGCUGACAUAGACCCGGAGAGGACGAGCUGCGGCCCAGCUGAGCUACCUGGAGAAUCCAACUGCACCUACUUCAAAUUCUUUACCUCUGGGGAGAAUGCAGUCAUAUUUAAGAAGACAACAAAUAAGACUCUGAAUCUAGCGGCAGCUAUCUUGGCCCUUUUGAGUCUGACCAUGAUGGCGAUGGGCUCAAUUUGUAUCGCCAUGUCCCUCAGCAAGGGAGUGCCCUUCUUUCUCAAACCGGCCUCCUUCUGCUUCAUCCUGUCAGGUGUACUAGUUCUCUUCUCAGUCCUGGUAUUCCAUCGGUCCGUGCUGGCCUUGCUGUCCAGCGAUCACUCUGUUACUUUACACCACGAGCUCUCCUGGUCUGUGGCCUGUGUGGGCUCUGCAGGAGGAAUACUUAUUCUCGGAGGUUUCCUCUUCAUGCUCCUCUCUCUUCCUUUCAGCCCCUGGCAGAAGUGCUUUCCACACAAGAAUGGUGCUACCUAGCACUCGUAUGCUAAAAUAGUAUUUUUGAUGUCUUCAGAGCAAGUGGAAAAGUCUGUAUCCUGAGGGCUGUGACUACUUGCUCUUGGCAUUUAGUUUGUCAGAGGAGUCCUAAUAUGUCUUAAACAAAUGUUUGAUGAGAAAUCAGCAACACACAACAAAACCUUUGGAUUAUUAUAAGUUUUUUUUUUUUUUUUUUUUUAGUAAAAAUAGAGUGAUUGAGCCAAAGGGAUGCUGCUGAUUUUGAGUUUUGUAUUGUGUUUACUAAGUGCGUAAUGCGUCACAAAUAGGCUUGGUAGACUGCUGUACAGUCAUGCAUACAUCUAUCAUUUUUGCUAGCAUGAAGACAGUGCAUUAAGUCAGAUUACUAUGGGAGCCCGUUUCUGCCAAGAAUGAAAAAAGAAAAAUAAUCAACAUGACAAAUUAAUUACCAAAAUGUUUUGUUUUUCCAUGUCCUCUGAAAAGGUCAAAGUGUCUGUUCUCUGAUCUGAUGGUACCAGGAGCACAUUUGUCUGUGAUUUUCAAAACUUUCAAACCAGUGGUGAAGAUUAAAUAUUGACUUGGACAAAUGCAAAAAUGUUUUAUACAUUUCAACAGCAUGGUUUGGUUUACUAAGAUACAGUAAGUAAACUAAGGUUUACUUGUCAUGGUUGCUUAUGUAACGAUAAUAAACAGGUUAGUGAGUUGUAUGAAGGAACGUGGUAAUGUCUGAUAAUCACAUUAUGAUGACUUAAAAGGCCUAUGAACACUCAAUCUCCUUUUUUUUUGGAUCCGUAAUCUGUAAAAAAAAAAAGUUACGCACAGACACCUUGCACACUGAGUCCGAUGCGCUUAGUUUUCUCUUAAUUGUGAAAAUUCGCAGUAUGAGACAAGAUGUCUGGCACUCAUCAUGCAGAGUGAUCAAGCAGUGAAGAGGAUGUAAAAAACCCAACAGGUUGAAAACAAGACAAGAGCGAGGAGAGAUUCACCUGUCAAUAAAGAAGAGUUUUAUCUUCUUGAUAAGGAGCUGCAGAAUUCUCCCCAUGACUCCCAGGUGUAUUUCAGGAUGUCAGUGGUCUGGUUUGAUACGCUGCCAGCUUUACUGGAACCAUACAUUAAAAAGAAGAAUGCCAACUUCCGCGAAGCAAUUGAUCCAUAACAGCAGCUUGCAGUAUGUUUGAGGUAGGGACACCCACCCAAACACACACAAACACACUAAUGGCUGGGUCAAUUAAAAUCGCAGAAAAUGUAUCGUUUUGAAAAAAAUAAAAAUGAAAAGUUUCAGAGUCAGUGUGCAAACAUGGUCGAAACAACAUGAGAUCGUAUUUCUUUUUUAGCGUGAGUCGAUUUCGGUCAAAAAAAAAAGGGACUCAGUGUGCAAAGGCCUUCAGUUGGAAACAGGAAAUAGACAGCUUUUCCUUGUUUCCAAAGCCUCCUUUUUUUCUUCUCCUCAAUGACUCAUUCUAUCACAUGAACCUAAACAAGUUAUUUAUGAUCCAGUUACUGAAAUAACACUACAUCAAGAUGAAAGGUAACAUGACAGAAAGUUUAGAUUACAGUGUCAUUAUUGUAGCAUACCAUGGUUAUUGUUGUUUCCUAAUGUAAGUUCAAUCUUCAUCGAAUUAUUUCAGGCAGGAAUUGUUUUUCAUAGUUCAAGUUUCUAAAGCGGCAUCAUGUGUAUCACCAUCAGUCUAGCGAUAAAGUAAAAUGAUGAUCCUCUUUAUAUUACCUCUCAUGUUGCUUUAUGAAAGGAAUCAGUGUGUCAAUAUUAAUCUAGUUGUUAAACUAGAGGCUUUGGUUGUCAUUAUUUAUUACUGACCUGUGUGUUUUACUUUAGUACACCAGCUGAAUGUUUGUUGGAUGAAAAAAAGAGUGUGAGAAGUGAUUAAAAUACUGUUUUUUAUAUCAGAGAAUUGUAUGGACUCACUUUGUAAGGUCAACUUUGUACAUAAUCUGAGUGAAUGAGUUUAUAUUGAAUGAGUGGUCACUGUUUUUGUGGUGUUGUUUCCACUCACUUUAUGUAAAAUAUC